CCCACGUUUGUUACCCUGUGCGGCUGCUAUCGUGGACCAGCGGCCUCCGCUUCCAUUAUUGGGGGAUCGACCCGACCGCCAGCUCUAACCACCUCCAUCCAAGCCCGAGACGAAAAGAGAGGGGAAGAGGAGAGGUGAGAGAUCGCCGUCUCCCUCUUCUCUCAUUUGGAGCUCUCGAGAAACCCUCCCCUACCUUGUCUGGGAUCUCUGGGGUUUCCUCCCCAGAUCCAUUCCCAUUCCCAUUCCAUGGGUACCGCCUUCUGUUCGGCGGGUUCGCCGUCCAAUGGCGAGGGCGUCACCCUAACUCCCGUGGUAUUGAACGUCUACGAUCUCACCCCCUUGAACAACUACGUGCAGUGGCUCGGCAUCGGCAUCUUCCACUCCGGCAUCGAAGUCCAUGGUUUGGAGUAUGGAUUUGGAGCCCAUGAUUUCCCUACAAGUGGAGUAUUUGAAGUGGAACCAAAGACCUGUCCAGGGUUUCUCUAUAGAUGUUCCAUUUUGUUGGGUCAGACAACUAUGCCACCGGCUGAAUUUCGCACAUUCAUCGAAAGCAUUGCCACAGAGUACCAUGGAGACACCUAUCACCUGAUUUCAAAAAAUUGCAACCACUUCACAGAUGAUGUCAGUAAGAGACUGACAGGAAAACCGAUCCCACAGUGGGUUAACAGGCUCGCUGGACUAGGUGCCGUUUGUAAUUGUCUUUUACCAGAAAGUCUCCGGUUGCCAGCUGUCAAGCAGAUAACUGAGUACCAGGGUUUAUCAGAGGAUGGGUCGGAGUCCUUUUCAGUUGUCACCACAGCCACACACGAUCCUCUAGAGAGUGAUGAUGCAGAUCAAGACAGACAUCUUUUGUCUGGUGGGGAGCUAAGCAUUGUGAAAGAGCCUUCCAGGUGAAACUUUGUUAGCUAUACUAAAUCACUAGACGGUGCAGUAUCCCUUGAUUGUGGCCCCGUGGCACCUUAAUAUGUUUCUGUAAUCUUGCAGCAACAUGAUUCUUUCUUACCCUGUUUGUAUAUUUGCUUCUAUGGGGCUCUAGCCUUGUACACCUAGUGAUGUUAUUCUUGAUUUUACUCUGUGAUUUGCUAGUCAUUCUUCGUCA